ACCCCAGCUGCUUGGGAAAUGUCAUACAGGCAGAGGCCCGUGCUGCAGUAGGGGGCGUAAUAGGAGGGGAAAAAAUAACAACAUUUUUUACUGCUCUCACUGCAUCCUUUACUCGCGUCUCUGCCGUGCAAGUUCCACAUCCCGCUACAAGCAGCAGCAGCCGUCGCCUGAUAACUACUCGAAGUCUCAAUGCUUAUUUCGCAUUAGGGCUAAUAUAAAAAAAAAUCCGUGCCAGACAUGGAGGAGAACAUCAUGCUUUUCUUGAAGAUGUUAGUCCAACAAACUAACUGGCUUGUGACGACGAUGCCCAGUCGAAGAUCCUGGGACUGAGACGUGAAUCCCUUUACACUGAUGGCCUGGACUGAGUUUCAGCUGGCCUGCUGAAGCUAUGGGGAGCUGUUGGAGUUGUCUGUACAGAGACCCCAUUCGAGACAACCAUCUCACUAAAUUUAAGGUCACCAAUGUGGAUGAUGAGGGCAAUGAGCUGGGCUCUGGGAUCAUGGAGCUCACCCAGACCGAGCUCAUUCUUCACACACGCAAGAGGGAUGCCAUCCGGUGGCCGUAUCUCUGCCUGCGACGCUACGGCUACGACUCCAACCUGUUUUCUUUCGAGAGCGGCCGUCGCUGUCAGACUGGGCAGGGAAUUUUUGCAUUCAAGUGUUCCCGGGCAGAAGAGAUCUUUAAUCUGCUUCAGGAGCUGAUGCAAUGCAACAGCAUCAACGUGGUGGAAGAGUCUAUGAUGAUGAGUCGCAGUGGUCACACACCAGAGAUGGAGAUGUCUCGCACGCCACAGACUCCCAACACUCCAGCGUUCCCAGUCCAGGCUUUUCCCAAUGGAUACCCUGGUUAUCCAAUCAGAGGUGAUUCCUCCCAACCCUCUCUUGCUGAUGAUCAUGGACAUAGCCUCAUGGGUUUGGAAGACCAGACCCACACCUAUGUAAAUACUGUUAGUAUGGAGGGGGAUCUCGCUAUACGUCACUGUGUGCACUCCAUGCCUGAGGUGCGGCCCAGCACUUUCCCUGAAACAACACGGGGAGCCAUGCCUGUCGGGGGCCAAGGAAAUCAGCAGCCCAACUUGCGGUGCUGUCCCCUGGAGGAGCAUAACGAUCCUCAGGUGUUCUUACAGCCGUCCUCGCAGGAGGUCAAAUUCAUGCUGGGCCCCACUCCAGCUCAACGCCAUCUGCUGGAGAGAGAGAGGGAGAGAGAGAGGGAGAGGCAUGGGCACAAUCCUCACAGCCUUCAGCCAGUAGAGGGUGCAACAGGCUCAGAGACGGAAGGAGAUGAGCCCUCUAUGCACCUGUGCAACUCUCACUCGUAUCACCAUUUCCAUCACCACACGCACCGGCACCCGAGCCUUGAGCACACGGACAGUUGCCAGGGCGGCGAACUCACCUACGAGAACAUCAAUGGCCUGAGGAUCGGCCGGAAGCAGCGGCUGAGUCCCAGCAGCGUGUCGCAGUCUGUGGGUUCAAGCAGCAGCAGCAGCACUGGGGACAGUCACUCACACUCUGUCCUGCACCCACACGUCCACGGCCCAUCAUCUCUACCCACGCAGGGCUACGCCUGCGAGAGGGGCAUGGGUGGAGGUCAUCGUCGGACAGCGCUGCUUAACUACGAGAACCUGCCCUCUCUGCCGCCGGUGUGGGAGUACAGGGCUCUGCAGCGGGAUGAUGAACAGGAGGAGGAUGACGAUGAGCAGGACGAGGAGGAAUACGAGGAAGAAGAGGAAGACUUUGAUGAGUACGAGUUCUCAGAAGGCCCUGGGACACCCAACGGGUACCACCAGGAUGGUCGUGGCAUCCACAGAGAUGCCCUGCAGAACUAUGUCAACACUGAGCAGGUCCAGCCGACCCGGCUCCGACAUGCCUGCCCCCCGCAUCCACGAUCAUGUCAGCCAGACAGAGGGGGGCGAAUAUUUAGCUUUGAUUUCCGCAGACGAUCGAGGCCAGGGGUUGGAGGCUGUGAGCACAGCCACAUUCCUCCAUCGCGGCAGCUUAAUUACAUCCAGGUGGACCUAGAGGGAGAACCUCCUUGUCAAGCUCUCAGCAGCGGGGGUGCCCAGCCCCAGCCACAGCACCAGCGCCUACCACCCAAAAAAUGUGGCCCACAGGCACCCCGGCGCAGUGAAUGCUACGCAGUCAUUGACCUAAAGAAGACCGCUGCCAUGUCCAACCUGCAGAAAGCUCUGCCCAGGGAUGAUGGGACUUCCAGAAAGACUCGCCACAACAGCACAGACCUGCCUCUGUAAAACGGUAUUCAAACUGAAGAGGAACGAUGAAGACAGAUGAAGGCUUAUCCUCAACUUAGCACACUGGACCCUUCACUGUCAUCCAUCCAUUCAACUGUCGGGCUGACUAAUUCAGUGCAGGUACCUAAUUAGAAACUUACUGAAACCUAGCUGUGCAUAUAAAAGGAAAUGAGAAAUUUCUGAGGAGAAUUUGCCAUUUUAUUCUGUGUUAUUUAUAUGUGGUGUGAAGAAAUUGACAGUUUUGCAGUUUUUACUGCAAAUACUGUUUGCUGAAUAUAUAUAUAUAUAUAUAUAUAUAUAUAUAUAGUGUGUAUAUGGUUUUAUUCUUAGUUAUGACUUAGAGCAGACCUCUGUUUCAGUGGAUGCAGUCAUUGUCAUAGUUAGUUCUAAUUCAUAUACCCAUCUCCACUCGUAUAUUGUUCCUAUAAUUUACUUAUUUUUCAUGUGUUUUGUUUAUUUAAAUACUACGAGAGUCAAAAAUAGUUGUUGGCAUGAAGGAAGGGUAAUGGUUCCUCCGAGAUACUGGCCAAUAUUCAUACCUCAUCACAAGCAUCUAAGUCUAAUAGUGUGGCUAGUAGAAGAGACCGUUAUUUGUUGUUAUAUGCCUAUAGAGCAUUUUGCACACAAUCCUAUGGAAUUGUAUUUUAUCAUAUUUUAGGAAUGGUGUCGUCCAAUCCAACAAAUAUUUAAUUAAAUGAACAGCAGAGAAGGUGAUAUUUGGAGAAUUAUAGUAAACUGAAUGAUGGUAAAAGUAGCACACACUGAUUAAAACUUUGGCUUCGGCUCCCUCCUAUCCACAUGCAGCAAACGAAAAAGUAGCAUAUCAUCUUCUAUCACACCUCCUGCAUAUCAUCCCAGAACUGAAGGAGGUCCGCGCAGUUUACGCUUGUCACAUUGCACUUUUGACCCUGGGCCUCUGAAGCUCUCUUUGCCUCCAAUUCCACUGGAGCCGCAGGUUUAACCAUGUCCUUUUACCAAAAGCAGGGGGCCAAAUAUUUCAUGGACAUUCUUAGUCAACAUUGUAGAUAGGAUUUAUUUACAUGUUUUGAUUGAGACAUCUACAACCUCAAAUAGUGGCAUUAAGCUAUAACCUCACAUAAAAUGUGCUGAAUCUAUAAUUUGUCAGUUAUCAGGUGUGAAUGGUCUUUUAAAUUGUCUUUUUUUCAACCUUCUUAGUCAGAUAUUUAUUUAUUUAUUUAUUUGUAAAUUAUUUGUAAUAAUUUUGUUUUCCACGUGAUGACCAGCGUUUUGUAAUCCAGUUGGUAAUAUGGAGACCAAAGUUUCACCUCAAAUUAUCACUGGACAAUGGUGUAUUACUGCUAUAACUGUGCUUAUUUAUAUUUUUAAAAAAGGAAGGGAAAAGGAGGACUGUAUUUAUAUUUAAGUGCCAAAACUCAAUUGCAAACUCUAUGAUGUAUAAAAUUAAUCGUGCCAAUAGGAUUUGUAGAAAACUAUAAGACAGAAAAGGCAUAAGGUGUUAACGGUCGGGAGACUAGGUUUAAAAAACAAAACAACAACAGAAUCCAACUUUUUAAGGAUAAGUAGAAAUUAAAACGACACAAACUGCACAUUCCACCUCAUCCACAUCGACAGCUAUUUCAGAGCGAGAUUUAAGAAUAGUGGUCUUGUAGUCUGAUAAUCACAGUUAGGGUGGUUUUAUGCUGCUACAUGUACAUACUAACAGUAGCCCAUGUAAGCUACAGGUACUUGUUAUGUGUUUGAACCUAUGCGAUGUCAGAUCUUUUAGCAUAUUGUCAGUUGCUAAUAGAAGUAGCAUUGUUGUGUUCUUCUGAGAUUAUUUCUAAACCGUAGAAACAUAAUGUAACAUUUCAGAGAACAUUUUAUUUGGCUGUCUGGUAGGAGAGGGAACAGAAGCACAGGCCCACUGAUGCAGUCAUCUUUUGGUUGCGCACUCAUAUCAAGACGAUAUAUGUAGGCCUUCAAAUGCACAUGUAUCAAUGUCAGUUAGCUGACAUUAAUAUUUUGUCCUUUUAAGAGAUAAACAAAGGGGUACAAGUACAAAUUCUCAACUUCUGAUAAGGAGGGGUUUUUAUGGCUGCUGUGUGACAUGAGAGGCACAUCAAUCAAAUUCAUUUGUGCCAAAAACAAGUUUGAUUUCUUUCUGAUGGAAAACCUGCCAAUAAAACAACAGACAGAAAUCUCUCAUGAAAUAACUAAAAGUGUUGUUUGUGUUCAUUUAGGACCAUACUGCUCAUAGUAAGAAGCUGACUGAGAAAAUGUGUGGGCCUUCAGCAUUUAGACGUGCGGGAUAUGGUGCAUUAUCAUAUCAUUUUUUUAUUUUGAUUAAUUCAAUUAAUCAAAUUGUUUAGUCUAUGAAAAAUGUCAAAAAUGAAUGCCCAUCACAAUUUCCCUGAAAAAUAAAACUUUGAUUUUUAAAUUGCUAUAUAGAUAUUUCUUUUACAUUACAUAUAUUUUAUUUUGAUAUUUAAUUUAGAAUGAUAUAAAACUAUGAAAACUCAUAAUCUUUUACUAACCUGUUAUUUUCAGAAAGGAUAAAAGGCUAUUUGCAUUUUAUGACUUUCAUAUUUUUUGAUUAACCAGAAAUUUUCCACUCAAUAACAUGUUCAAAAUAUGCACACUUCCUACAGUUUAUGUCAUCUCAAAUAGUCACAAAUUCAAAGAUAUUCAAUUCAAAUAAAAAAUAAAAAAUGAUGAAUCAGUUAUCAUAAUUGUCUGAUAAAUAAUUAAAUGAUGGUUCCCAUACUCAAAUAAUCUAUUACUAAUAUGUUAUUUUUUAGAGAUGUGAUAACAAGGUGUUUACGUUUUAUGACAUUUGUUCUCUGGUUUUUAAGAUGGCAAUUGACUGCAAUUUUUGGUUGGAAUUGGUUAGUUUAUAGUUUGGUCUAUAAAUGUCUAUCACAAUUUUCCUGAACACAAGGUGAUGACCAACAAUCCAAACCCCUAAAUUAUUCAGUUUACAAUGAUGUAAAACAGAGGAAAAACAAGACAACCCUCACAAUUGAGCAAAUAUUUGGCUGUUUUACCUGAUAAGUGAGUUAGAUAGUUCAAAAAUGUGAAAGUCGGAAACCGUGAAACAGUUUCAGUCUAGUUUCUGUUGAACAUUUCCAAACACAGAAGCCUUAAAUAACCCAAAAUCAGAAGUUGAUAGUUUGUAUUUUUGUUAGAUCAUCAUACUCAUCAUCUAUGAUGUUAAAAAAUAAGUCUUCUAAAAACAACAAAGGCCAACUUUUAGCUGACAUUUUGACUGUAUUUGCAAAGAUAUUGUCAUGAUACAUUGGAAGGAUGUUUACAUUUUUGCAAUAAUAGGUGAAUUAUUGUUUUGUCGAUCUAAAUCAGACCAAUGUGUGAAGUGUGAAAUUUAAAUAAUAGUCUAUAGAGCUGUGGGCUUAAUGUAUUUAACCGCCUGUUCUUCUGUGAAUCAGCAGUUUUAUUUUUAAUUUCAGGUACGAUGUUUAUUUUUCAAUCUUCAUUAUACAAUUUUAAGCUAUGAAAGUAAAAAAUACAAAAAUAACGAUACCUGUUUUCUUGAUUGUCAGACACUGUGUUUGCUUAAAUCCACAUUAACAGUGCCACACAGUAGGUGACCAUUGCCAGUACUUAAAUAAAAUUUUAUCAUCUUAAACUUUUCAAACCAGGGGCAAUGUUUCAUACAGAAUCAGAAAGUGUUUCAUCUAAUAUCUCAGAAUAUUGUUACAUGUGGUUUUUUGUCACUUAAAAAGAAAAUAUCCAUGUUGGAAUGUGUUUUAAUAUCUUUGUUAUAACGCAGUAACCUCACCACCACCCAAACCAGUCAGCAGUGAUUACGGCAUCAUUCCCACAUACUCCUGUGUUUAUGGAUCAAUAAGCAAAAUAAAUAGAUAUGUUAAAUAAAUGUUUUUCAAAUUGUUCCGCACAAAAAAUGCUCAUGUGAUCUCAUUGCACUUGAGUUCAAAGGAAGUGCAGCUCCCAUCUCAUACUUCAUCGUGAUUGGCUCGAUGUUGAUGCUAUCUCAAGCGUUUCAUUUUCAUAACCCUCAGUGUUGAUGCUCGAGGCGUGAUUCACACAGGUGUCUGUGAAAUAAUUAAGCACUGCUCUUUGGUAUGAAUUGUUGUAAUCUCCAGGGCAAGGAUCCGCAAGUCCAGAUAACAACUCCUGUCAUUAAGUUCCCAAAAGUGAAUUUAUUAUGUGGGUUGUUAAACAAAAGGGCUUGCUCUGUGUUUACUGUACAAACAUAUACAUGUAUCUUGAAGUAAGAAGAAAGAUCUCACUGUGCCUUUCAUAUUCAACCUGGAGAAACAUUUUCAUUUCUACUUUUGAGGGCAGCCUGUUGUAAAAACAAACAAACAAAAAAAAAUCACCACUUGUUUGAAGUUUUGAGACUGAUGAAGUUGAAAGGGGCUUUAGUCAAAGUGGUUUCAUACUUGAAGUUGUAUUGACGUGCCAACUCCUGAUUGUUUUACACCAUACUGUAUUUUAUGAUUAUGUCUGUUUUAAAGGAAUAUUUUGACAUUUUAGGGAAUCCGCUUAUUCGCUGAAACAGGGGAAACCGCUACCCUGACUCAAAUUCCGCCUACCGUGGGAUGGUGACAGCAGUUUCUCAUUGAUUUAUACCAAAUAAGAAUGGUAUUCUUCUCAUUUAAUUCUGGAAAGAAAGCGAAAAGGUGUAUUCCAAAAAACGCUGAAAAAUUUAAUUCAGGUUGUAGAAAUUAAAAUCGAAUGAGACAUGAUUUGUCGACAUUACAUAAUAUUAAUAAUCUGUUGAGAGGUUUAGGAUUUGCAGUGAAUUAGCCAAACUCAACGGGACUGAAAAGGUGUUGAAUCAUUACUAGUAUGUUCUGUGGCUUAUAAUGUUAAUUUUGAGUAAAGCUUACAGUUUGUCAUUAUAAUGUCACGUGGCUAUGGUGCACUGAUUUCUCAUCAUCUGCCAUCAUUCUUCUCGUAGUGCUGAAGAAUGUGAAAAUAAAAUUCCUUUCAUUUCAUUUUCAAUUCAUUUCUGUUUUAUGUAUAGUUUUCCAAUUCCAAAGUGAGUCCGAUUACAAACAUAUAGUAAGAACAGAAAGAAAGGCCUGCAACACGGUUUGCACCAUAGUGCUAAACAUCAUCUUCAUUAGUGGUUUUCAUCUUCGUCAUCCCCUAAGUGAUUCUGUACAUCAUUGUCUUAAAAAAAAAUCGUAAUCUAAAAUUACAUAUUGUAAAACCUCAACUUCCUUUCCACACUAUGAGACAGAUCUCUUUCAAAAUACUGAAAGUAUCUGAAAACUGUAAUAUCUAUUAUUAUUAUUAUUAUUAUUAUUAUUAUUAUUAUUGUGCAUUUUUUAAAAUCUGGUUUGUUUUUUUCUGGUACGAGGGUGUAAUCAACACCAGAGGGUGAUGUACAUGUACGGGUCUGAGCUGUACAUUUUUGUGUCAGAUUUGUGUAUUACCAUACAGGUUGCAUUGGCCUAACUUUGUGAAUAUUAUAUCCACUUAUGAAUCGAAUGAGUGCCAGUUAUGCUUGAGCAUGACAAAAUCCGGGACCUACAAGGAACUGCAGAUACUCUCUGACUCAUCGAGUGAGACUCGAGUGACUCACUGCUGUUGUAGACGCUACUUGUGAUAUGAAUGGACAGCAUUAAGGUUUAACCAUGCUAAAUAUUUUUGUUGAAAGAGGGAAAACUUUGGUUGUUUUUGUCUCAGUUUGCAAAAAUGUUUUGUUGUAUGUUUCUGUGUCCAUCCAUGGCUUAUAAAUGAGUAUGCAGUGAUGGUCUUAUCAUGCUGCCAUUAGAGGUGAAUAUAAAAAGCGGAUUUGCUUCAUUUGUUGGACUGUCAAAAACAACAACAUUUGGGUCAUUUCCAUUGUUAAAUCAUUCCACACAGAGACGCGUCGUUUAUCUGACCGCCUCUUCAUCCCACCCUGUCCCAAAACAAAGUGAGCCUGACUGAAUUUUAUCAAUUAUAGAGUGUGGAUUUGUCUAAAAUGUAAGUAAAUAAAUGUUAUUCUAAUAUUAAAAUGAAGCUAUGAAAAUAUCUUAAAGCGCA